AUGUAAUAAAACGAUCCUGGUGACAUUAUACUUCAUAUUUAUAAUGAAAAAGAUGAUGGAGGAAAAGAAAUUGUCAAGAAUUUAUCAAAUGAUUACAAGGACAUCAUGUAGUCUUUGAAGAAAAAAUAAAAUGCAUAGUGGAUUUUACUUGAAUUCCAAUCAAGCUAAAUAAUUAAUGAAAAUAAUAUAUAAAACCAUUCAAAGUUGAGAGCCGUUAAAUAAAGGGACCUUUCAAAAAUGAUUGAAUCGUAUGGAACAUUUAUAUAAUUAUAGAAAAAUGAAGAGAUAUAGAACAGCAAAAUAACAAAACUAGAGGAUAUAAUUAAAACAUUAGAACAAUAGGACCUUGAUAAUGUAAUUAAAAAUUAUGCCGUUUAAGGAAAUCAAUUGGUAGUAAAAAAUAAGAAACUAGAAGAAGAAAAUAAAACAUUUUAAAACAAAUUAUAAUAAUAUGAUUUGAAAUAUUAAGAAUCAUAAAAAAUUCAGAAUGAAGUCUUAGAGGAUUUUAUAUAAAAAAAUAAGGAUCUAGAAAAAGUGUAAUAAGAAAGUAGAAGUUUAUAAAAUGAAAUCCAAAGCUUUAAAUUAUCAAAGGAAUAGGACGACCCGAUAAAGAAAUCAAAUGAAUUAGUUGAGAUGAAAGAAUCAGAAAAAAUAGCUUAAAGCAAGCAAAUAGAAAUAAUAGAGAGUAAAGAAUAAGAAAUAACAGAUUAUAAAAAGCAAAUAGAGGAGAAAAAUUUAGAAUUAAUAGCGUAAAGGAAGCGAAUAGCUGAUUUAUGCAAUGAAUUAGAAAAGAAAAAAUAAGAAAUAACAGAUUAAUCAAAUGUGGUAGAGGAGAAAAAAUUAGAAAUAAAAGAUUAAAGUAAGAGAAUAGCUGAUUUAUCAAAUGAAUUAGAGAAGAAAAAAUAAUAAAUAACAGAUUAAUCGAAUGUAGUAGAGGAGAAAAAAUUAGAAAUAAUAGAUUAAAGGAAGCGAAUAGCUGAUUUAUGCAAUGAAUUAGAAAAGAAAAAAUAAUAAAUAACUGAUUAAUCGAAUGUAGUAGAGGAGAUAAAAUUAGAAAUAAAAGAUUAAAGUAAGAGAAUAGCUGAUUUAUCAAAUGAAUUAGAGAAGAAAAAAUAAGAAAUAACNGAUGAAAUACUUUUAGGUUUAGUAUAAUAAUGCUUUGUUGUUAUAAAAACAUUAGGAAGUUGA